UUCUCCGGCAUAACGUUAAGGAACGGACCCACGUCUCAGCGCCUCGCAACACGAACCGAGUGAUUCAUUCCAAAGUUGAGAGAUGGCUUAGCUUAGUUAGCGCUUUCAUUGAAAUAAAUAUGUCCGUAAUUCGGUUAAACUCCUGCCACUGUAGUUUAGGUUGACAAUCUUGUUUAUUACAUUAAAACAAUCCAGCCAUGAAGUUGCUCCACAAAGACAUUGAGAAAGAUUAUGCCGGUCAGGUAACUCUGAUGCCAGAGGAGGCAGAGGAUAUGUGGCACACCUACAACCUGCUCCAAGUGGGGGACAGCUUGAGAGCCUCAACCAUCCGAAAAGUACAGACAGAAUCCACGACAGGAAGUGUGGGCAGCUCCAGAGUCCGGACAACUCUGACUUUAUGUGUGGAGACCAUUGACUUUGACUCCCAGGCAUGCCAGCUGAGAGUGAAAGGCACCAACAUCGAGGAGAACCAGUAUGUCAAGAUGGGGGCUUACCACACUAUUGAAUUGGAGCUCAAUAGGAAGUUCACUCUGGCUAAAAAAUGCUGGGACAGCAUUGUGCUGGACAGAAUUGACCAAGCAUGUGAUCCGGCUCAGAAAGCAGAUGUGGCAGCUGUGGUCAUGCAGGAAGGUCUGGCUAACGUGGUUCUGGUGACCCCCGCCAUGACUCUGCUUCGGGCAAAAGUGGAGGUCACGAUUCCUCGGAAGAGAAAAGGCAGCUGCAGUCAGCACGAGAAGGCAUUGGAGAGGUUCUAUGAGGCCGUGAUGCAGGCCAUUCUUCGCCACAUUAACUUUGAUGUGGUGAAGUGUAUCCUCGUGGCCAGUCCAGGCUUUGUGAAGGACCAGUUUUCUGCCUACCUCUUUAAAGAGGCGGUGCGACAGGACAUCAAGAUCCUCCUGGAAAAUCGACCCAAAUUCAUGCUGGUCCACUCAUCAUCAGGCCAUAAGUAUUCACUCAAAGAGAUCCUUUGUGACCCCUCUGUGACAAGUAGGCUUUCUGAUACUAAGGCAGCUGGAGAGGUGAAAGCUCUGGAUGACUUCUACAAGAUGCUUCAACAUGAACCAGACAGAGCCUUUUAUGGAAUCGCUCAUGUAGAAAAAGCCGCUGAUGCCCUCGCCAUCGACACGCUGCUCAUCAGUGAUAAGCUGUUCAGACACCAGGACGUCCCCACUAGGAGUCGUUAUGUUCGGUUGGUCGACAGCGUCAAAGACAAUGGAGGAACUGUCAGGAUAUUCUCAAGCCUUCACGUGUCUGGUGAACAGCUGACUCAGCUGAGUGGAGUGGCCGCCAUCCUGCGGUUCCCCAUCGCUGAUCUGUCGGAGCCCGAGGACGACAGCAGCUCCGCCGAAGACUGACUGUGUGCUGCUGAGCGUAUACGUCCUGCCUCUCCAACAACCACACCUCAAACAAACGUACAAGCCUUCCUCCACCGACUGCAGUGGCACACAGUUGGGUGUGUUUUGGAGUGUUUUGAUGCAUUUUGGUUUGACUUUGAGAAGGCUGAACUGGGUGCCAAAACAAAUCAACUUUGUAGCAACAAGACAAAUUCCUCACUAUCCAGCUGUGUAUACAUGACUUUCUCCUCUUGCAAAUAAACAUCAGCCGCACGGCG